AACUCAACAGCCACAACAACAUCAUCAUCAUCAAAAUCUCUGUUCUCGUCGUCAAGCUCAGGUUUCAGAAAUCCUCCUCCUUAUGUAAACACUCCCACCAAGAACUACAAACAGUUCUUGAAUUUCACAACUUCCACGGGCCAAGUGGAAGUACUAGGGGAAAAGAAAAUGAACAAGGAGUUGUCUUGGCUUGAUGAGAAACUUAAAGUGAUGGAAAACCUCUCAGAGAAAGAGAAGUUUUGGGCUGAGCAUGAUGGUGAUGAUGAUGAUCGGAGAAUAAAGAGAGAGGGAUAUGAUGAUGGAAUGGAGAGUGAUUCAAGUUCUGAUCUAUUUGAGUUGCAGAACUACGAGUUGUCUCGUGGAGGCUUGCCAGUUUACGAGACGACCAAUGUAGCUAACAUCAACAACAGUACUCAUCUAUAA